CAAAAACCCGAGACCUGACGUGGGAAGAUCGUGAUCAGGUUCCUUUCGUCAUGGCGACUCUUCGGGAGGUCCAGCGCAUCAGCAACGUCUUACCCCUCAGUGUGCCGCAUACUACUAACGAUGACGUCGAGUUGGGAGGGUACACGAUACCGAGUGGAUACAUGGUUCUGUUCCAUACAUACUCCUCACACAUGGACACAUCGUACUGGAAACGUCCGACAGAAUUUAGACCGGAACACUUCUUGGAUUCUAAUAGUCAGCUCACAGACCAUGACAACUUCUUUCCUUAUGGCCUCGGACCCAGGACCUGCCCUUUUACAUCACAGGCUGAUAAAACAGUGUACGUAUUAUUUGCAAGCAUCCUGAGGAAAUUCAAAUUGAAUCCGGAAGUGAACAGAGUACCAUCAACGGAAGCGGAAGACGGGGCAUACCGAUGUCCACGUCCGUAUACACUGGUCUGUGUACCAGUUGAUUGACAAACCUGACUACCCGAAAUCACAUGAUAAACUUCAGAUACCAGGUGACAUGUAUUCACGUGACAUGAUUCGUGUUUCCGACAGAAGAUACGCGAAGUCUAACAGGAAAGGAAUUGUUGUGAAGAAAACCGAAGUUUAAGGAAAGGGGAAGUCUUAAAAAAUUAGUUCUAACAAACUCGUCGAUUAAAGAAAUUUGAGUAGAUAUUUGGUAUGUUUUGAGAAUAUUGAGAGGGGCGGAACUUAAUGAGAAUUGAACUGAAGUAUCAAACAAUGCGUUAACAAAGUAUAGUUACAGUGUGUUUUGAUGAAGUGCAUGGUUUGGAGAUUCGUACAAAUUAUAAACAUGUCAUGCUUUCGCACAUAAGAUUAAUAUCGUUUUAAGUAACAGUUUAACGAAUAGUUAAGUUGUAGUCAAUUGUUUAUGAGACAUAUAUAUAUGGUAUGCUAGACUCAUUAGACAACUUAGGAAUAUUAUGCUGUGCUGUUGUGUUUGCAAAAUUAUUAAAUAUUGAACCACAUAAUA